ACAGUGUUCCCUGUCGAAUUGGCGAAGUCUACGUCAGUCGUCAAGGCAGUCUUGUGGGGAACGCGAUUUACUUUUGCCAGGCGCAGCCGCAGUCAAUCCCAAGGAACGGAGGCACCAGACGAGCGACUAGGUGCUCUCGAUAGUGACGAAGAUGUCGCCGUAACUCACUGCAAAAAGCGUAAGAGUCGAUCCACUAGCAGUGUCGCAGUCGAUGACGAUGGCGAUAAUGACAUAGAUCACCAAGCCCCAAACAAUAAGCGCAAUCGCAAGUCGGUCCAUGAUCAAAGGAUAGCAUAA